AUGAAUAGAAUUGGAAAGUUAUUGAGAAGUGCGGUCCUGCCUUCAUCUUCAGUUGUCAAUCACACUGUCAGCUGUACCAAGACCAUCGCCGCCACCCCCUCCCGAGCAUUCAUGUCAUGGAAUGGUAUGGAGUUCCUCCAAAGUCAUGCCAAUUUGAGCGCUGCAGCAAUGGUUCACCAACAAUGCUUUGACACUCCAAGGAAUGUCGAGCAAAUGUUGAUUGACGAGGUCGGUGACGGACAGGGCGAUCCAGCCCUCAACCCAUCACCAUCAUAA